CGCUAAGAUCGCGCGCGCAGAGAGUGAGGGAGCGAACGAGCAUGGGUGGGGUCCCAAGAACGAAUCGCUACCUCGCUUCUCUCCUCGCGUCUCGCAAAGUCUAGUCGAGUAAAAUCGUCCAGUGUCGCUGUGCCUUCUACGAACGAUCGCGUGUUACGCGCGACGUUCUCCGAGCAAUGGCCGUUCCGCAGGCCUUUCGAGUUUCGGACGUGCACCUCCGCGGCGAGUCCACGUAAGGAAGAUGGACAUUUCGAGGUCACUCCGGGCCUCCUCGCGAUCUCUGAGAGAGCCACCGUAUCAGUGAAACUAGAGCAGCGAAAGGCGUCGCGCGUAAACGAGUCGUUGCGGUACGCGCGACGAUCAAGCUGUCAAGUUCGAACGCGAGAAAGGCGAGGAGGAAAGCGAGGAGAGAAGGCGGCGCGCGAUUGCGUCGUUAUCGCGAUUAUCGGAGAUCUGGACGACGAGCACCGACCUCGCUUUAUUGUGCAGCGUUUCCGAAGCAGCUACGUCGCAAGGCUACUCUCAAUGAUCGAGAAUCUGGCAUCCGUGACUCAUUCGCGACUUGGCAAGUCCAGGCAGAGGAAGGAGUCGCAUCGCGGAUUUCGACAUCGGAGAUAUUUUGAUACCAAGAAACAUAUUUAUAAUGGAGAAAAAAGGACUGCGCAAGAAGGACAUAUUAAGAAUGGACGGACUCCUGCCUCCAACUCGACGUCUACCAGUUUGUGACGCGGUAUCCAGUGCGUCGGACAAAAAAAAGGACAAGAAAUGGUCCAUAGGUGGAAUUUUGCGGCGCAUAUCUUCGAUAAGAGAUUACGACAGUUCGUCUAACGACGAGGAGAUGGUUUAUUGCAAUCGAACACCAAGGAAGCUCACCAAAUUGAAUAGGCAGCGUGAUGGUAUCGUCCUUCAUUCAAUAGAAAAUAAUUCGGAGCACGAUAAACGGAUAACAGCCGAGAGCAAUGCUCGUCACUCGACGGAUUCGUUGCACUCGCGUCGAGACUCGCUGCGAGAUUCGCGUAGCAGCGACGGGUCGUUGGACGGUUUAGGAAAGAAGACUCGGAGGAACAAGUUGAAAGCACGAGCCGAGGCGAAGAGGGACCAUCUGCGCGCCGACAGCAGUUCCGACGAGGAUUGCCGGAGAUCCAAUAGCUCGCUAAACAGAUUUCAGGGCGCGGAUGGCGCGCAAAAUGGCCAGAGGGGCAGCGUGUGCAGCAGGAGAUCGCGAGCCGCUCGAACGGAGCGCUACAUCAAGCGCUUAUCGCGAGACGACGGCAACGGCAGCGGCGACACUUUGAACGACCUACAUACCAAAAGAUGUUCCUCGGAGUACAGCGAAGAUAAGGAGCGCGCUGUUUGCAGCGAUGCGAAUGGAUUGUGUCGGCCGCCCAUACAUCCGCGCCGACUCGGCGGCGUGUACUCGAACAGUCGUGCGUUUCCGGCUCAGAAGUCUUCCGCGGAGAAUCUACGGGAAUUUGCGGAUUGCACGGGUUUGCCGGAGGUUCUCAAUGACUUCAGGAGGUAUUCUACCGGACAAUACGUCACGGACUUGAAUCAGAAUAACACUUACGGAAAGCUAUCGCGGGAUACCAGGAGAGACGUACACGCGGAUAGCCAUCAAACCGGACAUUUUUUUACAUAUCCCGCGAAGAAUGUGUGCCAUUACGCGGAACCGUUUGACUUUGCCGCUGAUCGCCGAUUAAUUGAUCCGUACAAUCGGCCGCCCGAACCACCGCCGAGAGAUCCCCGUUAUCGCGUAUUCAAUUACGGUUACGGUUCCUAUCCGGCAAACAGGCACCAAAAUGUGCCAAACUCCUCGAGACCGGAAAGCAAUAAAACUGACGUUACGAACGGAAUAUCGAGAUUCGAUUUGAGGAACUUCCGAUCGUACGGAUCGAACGACGAGAUCGCCUGGCGUGACGCGACGGAGCGUGAAUUGGAAAACCCGACGUCGAAUUCCAGGUUACGUAAUUCCUUGGAGCGUACAAAUAAUAAAUAUAACUCCAGUCGUCAGUGGGCGAACAAGGCGGCCUGUGAGGAAACCGAAGCGACGAGAUGCCGACGCAGAAAUACUCGCAACGAUGAGCUAAAUUCCAACGACGCGGAUUACGGCAUGUGCAAGGUCAAGAAUAAAUCAGCGAACAUCUGCGAGUCGAAUAAACACCGCAAGACGAUUUCAUCCGCCGCGUCACCCGACUGGUCGUCCAGAUCUCGCGAGCAGCGUACUUCGCGUUCCGUCACCCCGUGCGACGUUGACAAUCGCAAUGAUAAAAGCAAGAAGGAAGACAGCAGAAGGACGACACCGACCGAGGAAGCUCUGGAGAGGCGGAGAAGCUCGAAGAAUUUGGAGGAAGCUCUUUCCGAGCUUGAAGCGAUAUACAACAGCCUCCGCCUCGGCGAUGAGGACCUGCUGGACCGCGCUGAACGCCGAAGCAUGGAGGAAUUUAGUCUGAAGCACGGCAAGAGUGAGCUCGACGCGACGACUGUAAUUAAUCGGGACUCGCCUGACAGGACGAAAGACGAUAUGGCCUAUCGAAGAAUGCAUCCCAAGGAGAGGCCUACGUCGCUGUCGGAUGUCGCUGGCCGGUCGACUCUGUCCAACAUCAGUUAUCUCAUCGCCUCGCCCGUGCUGUCGCGCCGCGACUCGGCGGAGGAUCUCGCGCGCUCAUCGUCGACUUAUCCGUUCGCACGUCGGGACGAACCGGACGUAACGCGCGACGACGUGGUCUUCCGCAGUAUAAGCCACGCCAAUAACACUCUCCGAGUGAUCGAGCCGCAGCCGCCGUUCGGUAUUCCGCUCGGGCCGGUCACGACGGCGACCGAGAGCGAUUAUCUGCACACAACACCGACGAAACCGGAGCAGCCGCGCUCGCUGUAUAUACCGCAAUGCGAGCCUGACGUCGUCACGGAUGACUUGGCUUACCGAGCGCUGAGAAAGGACACGGCGCGAAACGUCGGAACGGAGAGCAAGAGCGACGUAUCGAAGGAGCAGUCGAUAACUUGCGGCGUGAAAAAGAAGCGUGCCAUUAGAUCGUUGUCGGCGAAUCUCUACGGGUUAAUCAAUCAGGAUCGAAUUCAUCUGCGACGCGAGCCCAGUCUUGACGUCGUCGGCGACGAGAUGCAGAACAUCGCGGGAAACUUCGCCGCGACGUCCGAGCGACCGGAAUAUCUUAGACGCGUCGUGAGCGACGGCGAGCUGUCCGAUAACGAUAGAUGGAAGGAACCAAAGGCGAUCGAUAUCAACGGCAAUCACCCGGUGGACGCGUGUCGGAAGAAAUUACGCGUUUACGUAUCGCCGGAAGCGACGAUACGGAAAAGUCCGAAGAAGGAGAAGGAAUCGAAUGUCGCAGAGUUUUCCGAUGCCAUGCUGUCUUCGAAAGCCGUCUUGGACGACGAGUUUUGGCACGAGUAUCUGCGCUCAGAUUCCACCGCCUCGGUGACCAACAGCAGUCGUAGCGCGGAAACGGACUUUACCGCGUACAGUCGCCUCUGCCAAGAUCUGGUCGAUUUAAUAAAAAGCAGCGACGAUGACAAAACGACGCCGCCGAUCGAGGCGAGAUCGUCGGGCAAUUCCAUCGUAGACGCCGUUGAGCCGUCCGAUAAAUCGGACAGCGUCGGCGUGCAACUCAGGAUCGAUGAACCGUCAAGUGUUCAUGUGCGCUCUCUAGAUAGUCGUUACUCGGGAUCGCAAUGCGAAGAGGAGAACAUCGAGAGCGAGAACGCGGAAAGUACGUUCUCGACUACGAAUUCCACGGAAACGUCAGAAUCGGCGCCAGCACCCGGCAACCUUGAUUUCUAUCUUCGCGUGGCGGACGAAAAUGUCAAGCUGAUCGCGGAGGCUUUCGGCAGCGUGGCCGACCGCCUACGCGACAGCCGCCUUUCCGCUCGCAAGAAAAAUAAUUCUUUGGCAUCGCACGGCUCCGAGGCGGAGAAUCAAAGCGGCAGCGCGCGCAGCUCCGCUUUGUACAGUCAAGAAGAGCAAACGAGCGAUGACCGGCCUGUCGUCGCCCCGAGGCUCGAAGAGUCUCCGCGCCAGAUUUCGAAGCACAACUCCUGGACGAGCAACGACGGGGACCAAAGCGGCGCGAGUCGCUUCGAUAAUAUUUCCACUGCCGACGCGGAACUGGAUUUGUCCAGAGCCGUGCGCGACCUGCAAUUGGCCGCAGCCAGUCUGUGCGAGCACGGACGGGAGAUCGAGGAAUUGAAGAUAAAACGCGGAAGAUUGCCGCGCGUCCACAACGUGACGCCGAUCACCGCGUCAACCGACACGGACGAGGGCAAUCCGGUCUGCAAGAUCGGUCUGAUCGUCGAUACGCAGGAGCAAGAACGCGAUCAGGAGGAGACCGUGGUACUGCCUAACGAAAGGAUUGAGCCGCGAAGUGACGCGCGAAGCGAGGAGAAGCGUCGCGAAGGUGAGCGCACAGUGUGCGAGCUUGAUCGUACAAAAUCGUGCUAUGCGGAGGCCGCGCGUUUUGUACGCGUCCCCUGUGUCACUAACCUCAUAACCGUCAUGGUAACGACGUACUCCAUGCUCCUGCUCGCUUGUCUCCUUGCAUUGCUUUUAGCGAUCGUAGUGGCAUCGUGACGGACCGGGCUGUUUUUAAGCGCAAAUUAUAUUGUGUGUUUGCGAUUAUGUAAGAAUCGCGGCGGAUGCGAGCGCAUCGCCGUUUAUCGUCAUCGAUGCCUUUUAAUCCUGUGUUUUAUCUGCAAAUGUUACUAAUUUCUCCAGGUUUCCAGGCGCUCGCACGCUCACAAUGACGCUCGCAUUGAAAUACCCGUUUCGUACUGACGGUCGACAUGGUAAUGCGACACAAGGCGAGGCAGGUUGAUUUUUUUGUAAUAAGAGAAACUCAAAGAGAAAAGAGCGUUGCAAUUUCUGCAGGCUGUUUCAGGCACAUCGAUUUAUUAUUGUUGCUCUUGUUGCUGUUGUUGGUUUUAAUAAAGUUUAAAUGUUAAUCUCUUA